GCUACUCACAUUCAUAGCCAAGAUGGCUCAAUGUCUAUUUGAAGACGCUCCCAGCAGCUCGGCAACUGCAAAAGCUGAAACUCCGGACAAGGAGGGGUCAACUAAAGUGUUAGUGUGCGACGGAAGCUUCAGUUCCCCAGUUCUAACUACUCUUCUGCAGACGAUGCUCAGCUCAACAGCAAUAUCUGUUUAUACAACUCCAGUUGGGCAAGAUUUCCGGACUUUACAGACCUUCGAGGAAGAGAAAGCAAAAAUCUUCCAUGAUCUUUUCAAGCGACAACUACAGCCGAGCAAAUUAUUACUCUGCGAUGAAUUCAGGCACGUGAACCACGAAUAUCUACUCGGAGAUCUGAGAGAAGACCAGCACUGUGUUCUAUUUGCAUCUAACAAAGAUGAAACUCUCGACAGCUCCUACCAGCAUAUUCACCUUGGCGCUUCACUCAGAUCUACUUGCAAAAUUGCUCAAUUUGCAGACGGAUGGAUUAAGGGCAGUAGUUUACAAAAUUUUGAAUUUGAGUGCAAACCUGCACAUAACUUUGACGGGGAGAGACCGGACAUUCGAACAAUCAGCCAACAGGGCUACAAAUCAGAGACAGACAUUGUCAAUCUUUUCAUCGAAGAGUCGGUCUCCAGCAUUGUUGAAUAUGCAGAGAGAUCCAAAGGUCUGGAGUUGGUACCAGUGGUUCCUUUUAUUGAUUCGGAAAGCAGACAGAAAGUACUUGAAGGCCUUGAAGCAAGAGGGUUAGAAUGCAGAAGCCCAAGUUAUUCUUACAGUUCAACAGAAAAUAAUGGCGAAUCCAAACAAGACCCAACUAGAGUGUCUCGCUCUUCCUUGCCAACAAUAUGUUUCUUCAAAGAAGCAGACAUUGAAGGAGCUGAAUUUGGAAUAGUAGUUGUUUUGAUGCACCACAAAAAGCCUCAAGAUAUCCGAGCCGACCUUGGACUUAAGUUUUUCACAGCUGUGACCAGAGCAUCCACCAAACUAGUUCUUGUGAUAGCCGAAGGAGGUAAUAAUGAGUUCACGCACUGUGAUAGUAGCGGAAAAGCCAACAGUGCAAACGCUGGUUCUCUUUCCGAGCUCAUUGAACUGAAAAUUGCUGCUAAGACUCCAACUAUUUUAGUAGGUCCAUUGACACAUUUCGAGGGAUUGCGAAGUAUUUCAGAAGUCAACUCGCGAAUAAAGAUUCCCAAAAUUGAGGGCGUUAAUGUCUUCCUAGGCCCAAACGAUGAAACUAUCUUUCAAAUAGAUGACGUUUACAAGAAAGAGGAUUUAGAAGCAUUGCAAACAUUUGGAAUCCGCCUUCUGGUGUUUUUAAAGGAUAGUUCAGGCUGCGAAUGGCGUUUCAAGUUCUUCUUUAGCUCAUAUCUAUGCACAGAAGCCUUCAUCAAAGAUCGCAAGAACGCCUUCAAACUAUGCAAUCUUCUAGUUAACUACGCGGACGUGCUAGAUGAACUACAGUGUUUGGAGAAGUUUAUAUGGAAUGAGAAAAAUUAUGGUCGAGCAAGUCAUUCGGAUAUAAGGACCGAGAGAAACCCUUUCCUUGCUCCACUGCCAACCGAAGAUUUAUUCCGGUGGGAAAACUGGGAGCAAAAGGGACAUGAACAUAACCGAUUGGGUCAUAAUAUUUUGGCAGCCGACAAGUACAUGCAGAGUAUUCUGUUUCUGGAACCUCAAUACCAGAAACAUAAAACAGAACUUCAAAUUGAUGCAGCCUGUGAGGAGAGAAAAGAACUCGCCAAGCUAUGCACGCACGUUUCCAUGAUGUACCUUCAACACUUACGGUCACCGAGCGAUGGAAGACAAGAUGUCUGUUCGCGCGACAGAUACAUUAACGAAAUAGGAAGCACGUACGAAUCCUGCAUAGUAACUGCAUUUGAUCACGCCAUCAACGCAGCAGAAUGGAACGCCUGCUGGAAACUCAGUUACGUGAUAAUCCGAGAUACGAUUGAAAUGAUUAAGAAGCGAGCCUCAGCUACUGGACAAGAAAAAACGCCAACAGAGGAAUCAAGAAUUCUCCAGGAGCUGGUACGGGAUGACAUAGAACGCAAAGGAAUCCGCGAGAUAAAAUUCAGGCCAACUUUUUCUUUUGAUGGACGCCGAGAUAUUGAGGACGCAGAAGUGAUGAAAUAUUCAUACAAGAUCCAGAUUACUAAUCUUACAGAACAAAAUGAUGCUAUCGAAAAUUUGACAGCGAUAAGAAAGCAUUUAUCUAAGCAUUACGUUUCAGUAGCCGAAACAAGUUUAGGCCAGAUAAAGAAGUAUACGAACCCUACCAAACUGUUGUACUUCAUGUUAACCUUUAGAGAGGUUAGGCAGCUAUUCGACUACUCGGUCCGAUUUGCGAUUGAGGCACUCGAGUGGAACCCAUCUGAGGUGUCGGCUAAUAAUUCAAUCACACAGUCAUUGAUCCGCUUAGAGGACAGUGUCACUAGACUAGAACGAAUCGCUGACAACUAUGAGGAGCCCAAUUUCUUGUCCGAAAUUGUGAAAGACGAAAUUCAAUAUGGCUAGAUAUUUUGAUAAAGUUUACACUUUCAUGACCAAAUACUGAAAGGUAGCUUGUCUUCUAUGAACUUAUCUUCUAAUGACAUCACAACAAUCUAUACAAAUUAGUCAAUGUAAACCGGUAUUUACUCAGAUAUUUUUUAAAUUUACCUUCCCUGAUAAAAACAUUUCACUAUUUUUAGUAUUUUGGACGUUAUAAGCGCAAUGUUCUUUUCAAAAUGUCUCAAAUCUGGACUGACUCACGACCUGAAGUCCUCUGCAGCCUGAUAAUAGCUUCAAAAAAUACCGAAUGCAUAAGCUAGCUGCUGUAAGCCUGAUGUUUGGGGCACGUCUGGUAUGCACUCUACGAAUCUGAAGAACGUCGCACCCUCAGU